UCAGUAUUUUUUGCGGCGUCCAGAGCACGAUGGGCUGUCAGCCAAUCAGUAUCCUCCAGCCAGGGAUCCACCAGCUGGGUGUUUUGGUUGCGCAUCACUAUGUAUGUAGAUGUGCUGCAUACAAUUUUAUGCUCUUGGAAAUUUCACACUUCUCUUUAAAAAGGGGGCUUGUUGCAUUAAUUUGCAUCAGUGACUUAACCGAGGGUGUUACACCAUAAACUGUGAAGGUGGCAAGGGGAGUUCUUGGCAACCAAAUUCGCCAGCUCGAAGGAUGGGUCUGCUGACUUGUGGGCUGCUCAGGUUCAGUCUGAUGUGGUGUCAUGGCUUUUCCCCCAGCCUUAGCCAGAAUUGAACCCACAGCAUUCGCCGGCAGCAGUCACUUAACACCUCCGUUGACUCCUACUUCCUGUUUGCUGUGGUCAGAAGGAGGUGUCUUUUCUCAGAAGCAUCUUUGUGUUUAGCAGCUUUAGACUUUCAGGCAAGAUAAGGCUAGUUCCGCUCCGAAAAGGAUUUUCUUCUCUAGUGACCUGAGGAGGAGGCCAUUAUUCAAUAAGAACCAUUACUGACUUCUUGCUAAGGUCCCCUUCUGACCUCACUGUUCAGGCCCCAGGUGGAAAAAGGUUGCAGUUUUCGGCUAGUCUGAGCAACAGCUGCAGGCGUACGUGGCCUGGGUGAACGCACAGCUGAAGAAGAGGCCAGCGGUGAAGCCAGUGCAGGACCUGCGACAAGAUCUGCGGGAUGGGGUGAUCCUGGCGUAUCUCAUUGAGAUUGUAGCAGGAGAAAAGCUGAGUGGGGUACAGCUGAGUCCCAGUAACCAACAAGAGAUGAAGAAUAAUGUGGAAAAAGUGUUACAGUUUGUAGCCUCCAAAAAGAUUCGUAUGCACCAGACUUCAGCUAAAGAUAUCGUGGAAGGCAACCUGAAGUCUAUCAUGAGGCUGGUCCUGGCCUUGGCAGCUCAUUUCAAACCUGGCUCCGGCAGGACAGUGAGCCAAGGACAGGAUGCCGGAGCCCCGCUGCAGACUCACCAGCCUCACUGUGCCACUGCUGUGGCCCAGGGAGCAGCCGCUGCUCUGGCCGAUGUGUGUCAUGACAUGUCUCGGUCUGGGCGGGAUGUCUUUCGAUACCGACAGAGGAACAGCAGCAUGGAUGAGGAGAUUGAGAAUCCAUGCUGGAGCGUGCGAGCCCUGGUGCAGCAGUAUGAAGGACAGCAAAGGUCCCCUUCUGAGUCCAGCUGCUCCAGCCUGACUUCCCCCAGUCCUAUCCACAGUGCAAAGAGCGAAUCCGUUAUAACCCAGUUGGAGGAGAAGGCAGAUUUCGUGAUUAUUCCCUCUGAAGGAGUAGAGAACAGAACAGAGGAGACAGACUCUCCAUUACCCCGGGACUGGAGACCAGGCAGCCCCCGGACCUACCUGGAGACUUCAUGGGAAGAGCAGCUGUUGGAACAACAAGAACAUUUGGAAAAAGAAAUGGAGGAAGCCAAGAAAAUGAUAUCAGGAUUACAGGCCUUACUGCUCAAUGGAUCCUUACCUGAAGAUGAACAGGAGAGGCCCUUGGCCCUCUGUGAACCAGGAGUCAAUCCCGAGGAACAGUUGAUUAUAAUCCAAAGUCGUCUGGAUCAGAGUAUAGAGGAGAAUCAAGACCUAAAGAAGGAGCUGCUGAAAUAUAAACAAGAAGCCAGAAACUUACAGGGGAUAAAGGAUGCCCUGCAGCAGAGGCUGACUCAGCAGGACGCGUCUGUCCUUCAGCUCAAACAGGAACUACUGAGGGCAAAUAUGGACAAAGAUGAGCUGCACAACCAGAACGUGGAUCUGCAGAGGAAGCUAGAGGAGAGGAAUCGGCUCUUGGGAGAAUAUAAAAAGGAGCUGGGGCAGAAAGAUCGCCUCCUGCUGCAGAACCAGGCCAAGUUGGAAGAAGCACUUCGGAAACUGUCCGAGGCCAGUUACCAGCAGGUGGACCUGGAGCGAGAACUGGAACAUAAGGAUGUCCUUUUGGCUCACUGUAUGAAAAGAGAGUCAGACGAGGUGACCAACUACAACAAUCACAGCUCUCAAAGCAAUGGUUUUCUCCUUCCAGCGGCAGGAAAAGGAGCUGCUUCAGUCGUUCACAGAGGGAGCAGUGACCUGCAGCUUGUGCGAGACGCCCUCCGCAGCCUACGCACCAGCUUCAGUGGCCACGACCCUCAGCACCACACCAUCGACAGCCUGGAGCAGGGCAUCUCCAGCCUCAUGGAGCGCCUGCAUGCCAUGGAGACCCAGAGGAAGCAAGAAAGAAGGGUUCGGGGCAAGUCACCCAGAACUCAAACAGGUAGUGAGUACCGGGAGUCCUGGCCCCCUAAUUCAAAGCUGCCUCACUCACAGAGUUCUCCAACUGUCAGCAGCGCCUGUACGAAAGUGCUCUAUUUUACUGACCGGUCACUUACACCCUUCAUGGUUAAUAUACCAAAGAGGCUGGGGGAGGUGACACUGAAGGAUUUUAAAGCGGCUAUUGACCGGGAAGGAAAUCAUCGGUAUCACUUCAAAGCACUGGAUCCUGAGUUUGGCACUGUCAAGGAAGAGGUUUUCCACGAUGAUGAUGCCAUUCCUGGAUGGGAAGGGAAAAUUGUAGCCUGGGUAGAAGAAGACCAUGGAGAAAAUUAAUGCUGAGUAUUAGACUGGGGACUUGCAGAAGUUGGCACACCCUGGCUGCUUCACUCAGGAAAGAGGACUAAAACCAGAAUACACAGAAGGUUUGUGCUGCCAAAACAGAAGCUUGUCCAAGUGUGACAGCCAUAGGCCAGUCCUGCUUGUGUGCCUGGCAUGUGUGGCACCUAAAAUCUCUGUCCAAAAGUAGACCACAGGUUCUUCUGGAGUUCCUUGUCCGUGGGAACACACUGUUUUACUCUACUCUGCGGACAACAAACCGAAGGCCUUAACCAACGGGGAUGGAUGAUCCCGCUCCUAUAUGGGCAUGGCUGCUAUUAUCUGGAACCCGGGAACUGGAUGCAUCACUCCUAUGUGUUACAGUAUUAUUUUCAUUUUAAUUGGCCUCAGUGGUUGCAGCAAUCAGGGUCCCAGCAUUUGUACUCACAGACAAGGUGGAGGUACCAGCUUUUUUGCUUCUUUGCAGCUAUUGCAAACCAAGAAUAACUCAAAAGGUGGUACCAAAGAUGAAAGCCCACUCUUCAGGAAUUUUUUUGGACUGGACAUGGAUGGUGCUGAAUUGCUAAUUGGAUUGAAAAAGGGCUGUCCAUAUUGUGCUGUACUAUGCUAAAACCAUAAUUAAGACCUUGGGCUGCCUCUUGCGUCUUAACUGAUUCUGCAAAUUGUCCUUUAGCCCACAGAAGGCGUAUUUCAUGUACUGCUUGUUUUUCUCUGUGGACUCUCUAACUUUAGAGCCAUUUCCCCCCCCCUCUUCUAACUGAUGAACUUUGUGUUUGAAAGGAAUAAGGAGUGAAAAUCUCCUUUCAAAUCCAGGCGGGUAUGGAAAGGUGCUGCUACCCUUAUCUUCUUGACUUUCUUUCUCUCAUGACUUUUCUUUAGCCCAUGGCAUCUCCUUUGCAGUCGAAAGGAAACAAACCAUUACUUUCAGUGUUUGUGAUUAUAAGUACUGAGCAUGAGUUACUGGUCUGCCCCUCUUCGAUGUCAAGGCCAGAGUUAUUUUCUAUUAUAUAUUUAGUCUAGGCUGAUCCUUUAGGGCACAAUAGAAACCAUGGGAGCAAGAGUUGUGAAUGGCAGGGUUGAUUCUGGGUGAAAAAACCCUAGAAUCCUUUCUCAUGUGCAACACUGUCAAGUGUAGAAGCUAAGAGAUAAACUUUCAGAGAUUACUUAGUAUCUUGAGUUUUCUCAUUCAUUCAACCAAUCAGAUAUAUAUAUAUAUAUAUAGUCAGUAUAAAUAUAUACUAUAAAUAUAUAUGUAUAUCUACAUAUCAGUCUCCAAAGCAGUCUGCCUGUGAUCACCAAUGUACACUGCCAAGCAGAAGAGCCAGACAGAUCUGGGUUCUUGACCUGUCUCAAGUUCAUCUCCCCUUUUCAGCCAUUUCAACAGACAACUUGUUGGAGCUCUGACAUGACAUUUUGUUGUUUUAUAUAGAUGCGUCUUUUAAAAAUAGUUCAUGUUUGGAGAAUUCUUUUGUACUCAUUGGCUUUUCGUCCAAGAACCAUGUCUAUUUUUAUAACUUGAGUGUGAGUUCUAUAUAUUCUCACAUUCUGUAUACUGUAUCCAUUUUCUAGGGAACCCAGUAGCUUUUAUACAGGCUCUUUUCUUCUUAGCAGCCCUUGUGGUUUCAGAACAAGCUUUAUUUUAUUACAGGUAUACUGAUGACAACCCCUGUUCCAGUUCUACCAGCCAUUUCAGUUGUGGGGUUAGUUUUAUAGAACCUCCUUGAUGGCUCCUUUAGCUGACAGAAGGAACUCAAAAGACACCUGAUGUCUUUCAUAUAAGUUUACCUGGUUUCCUCCUACUGAAGAAUGAUUUCUCAUCAGAAAUGACUGGGACAAUUUGGGAAAGUCAGUUAAAAGGAAGAAUAAUUCAUUACAAAAGCAGACAGAAGAAAACAGUAUAUUUGCCUUUUUUUUUUUUUUUUCUUUUCUGCCCCCCAGGAAGUCUGGAGAAAAAGUCCUCUCGUCACCAGUUUCUCUGCUGCAUGAAUUUGUGUUUUGCUGUAAGACAGCAUGAGGGUUAUCAGACUAAAAUUUGUUAUUGUAUUUUCAGUACAAUUUAUCUUGACUGUUAAAUCAGUUUUACUUGUCAGUAUUCUUUCAGCAAACAUUCUUUCCAUUAUGUAAAUUUAAAUUUUCAGAGGAAAUUAAAUCAGAGAAAAUUUUCAGA